AUGAUUGCCCUACAGGAUAUACAGCUUCAUGCACUAUUGCACCGACUUCUCCUAUUAUUGAUGUGCUGUUGUAUGGGACUUUUGCAGGGAGUUAUUCUUCAUUUACUACAGGAUCGGAUAAUACGAAAUAUUUCUUUUUCCAUUCCCCAGAAGCAGUUGACCCAAUUCCAGCCUACAAAAGAGGUCUUUAUUUUUCAAGUGGCAGCUAUUUGCAAUGGUCUUCUUCCAUCUACUUAUCCCAUAGUUUUUCGCUUGGCCUUUGGGUGAAUAUUUUUGGCUCUGGCGAUAUAUUAG